AUGACUCAAAGCACACGUUCGCUUAGAGGCUCGCAUGCAUCUGCCCAUGGCCAAAAGUCAGCUAUCCCAGAACGAGUGCCAGUCCGCCAGCAUGAGACUACAGAAAGCAGGAAGCGAAAUCAUGUCGAAAGCGAAGACGAGCUGACAGGGUCUGCGAAACAUCCCAAGACACAAACGUGCUCUGAUACCGGGGUGGAGAACUGGGAAACUGUCUUCAUAGGGAUAGCAUCUCGUCUGGACCCUGAGGCCGUACGUACCUUGCUCGAUACUAGUAGAUCUAAGAUCAAACAGCAGCGCAGCAAAAUAGCCCGCUUGGUAGCGCUAAUUCAACAGGAGCGAGAUGUUCAUCAAGGAUUUGAGACGCAUCAGAAAGAAAAAUACGCAGCACUUGAAAAGGAUUUCAGGGCCCACAAGAACAAAAUGGCUUCUAUUCUUACAGCAAAUAUUGAGGCUUUCGGCCCCAAGGUAUCAGAUGACACCAUUGUCGGAGAGUGGAAACAACUCUAUUAUAAAGUUCAAAACAUCGUUUGCAGUUAUCUAACGAGUACCUCACCCCCUGGAGCAUCAGCUGAUUGCAUGUUCCUGCGCGACAUCAUUUCUCGGCGCCAGCUAUGGUUGAUAAUAUGCUUUUAUUGUUUUUCGGGCCGUACUGAGCACUGGUAUGGAAGGAUUGGCCAAUCGUUGGCACGUCGCAUCGACCAGAUAGAUCCUUGCGCUCCUCCGAGCUGCCAAUAUCUAAAGAUGAUCAGUAACAUGAAGUCAGCCUUUGACCCGAACAUCAAAGAAGACGGAAGAUUAAAUGAAGAUUUUGAGCAGAAUCAGGCCAUCACAGAUGCAAUGAAUUGUUUCAAGGAUGACAUACCCCAUGGACAGAAAGAGGUAUUCAAGAGAGACAUUGGGGAGAUUAUUAAGCAAGCAGCAAAUCUCCAUUUCGCCAUGAUGAGGUCGAAGGCUAUCUUUGUCGUGCAAGGGGCCGGAAACGAUGGUGGAGGGGACGAUUGUGAGUACGAUCCGGAGACGAUGAUACCUUUGCAAGACGGGAUCGAUACUACUUCAUCAAGCUACGCCGUUGAAUUGAAUGAGUCUCCGGGUGUCUGGAAGAUUGGAAAUGCAGAUGGAGAGAACUUCGAUCGUGUCAUGGUUUUAUGCAAGUCCGUGGUGGUCGUUAAAGAGAAGAAAGUAACGGUACUUGUGGAAUGA